CCAGAUGUACUAAUACACAACAAAUCACAGUCCUGCAGAGGGGCGCGCAAAUGAGUUCCUAUUUUGUGAAUCCCACUUUCCCCGGGAGCCUGCCCAGCGGCCAGGACUCCUUCUUGGGCCAGCUGCCCCUCUACCAGGCCGGCUAUGACGCGCUGAGGCCCUUCCCGGCCUCGUACGGGGCGUCGAGUCUCCCGGACAAGACGUACACCUCACCUUGUUUCUACCAACAGUCCAACUCUGUCCUGGCCUGCAACCGGGCUUCCUACGAGUACGGGGCCUCGUGUUUCUAUUCUGAUAAGGACCUCAGUGGCGCCUCGCCCUCGGGCAGUGGCAAGCAGAGGGGCCCCGGGGACUACCUGCACUUUUCUCCCGAGCAGCAGUACAAACCCGACAGCAGCAGCGGGCAGGGCAAAGCACUCCAUGACGAAGGCGCCGACCGGAAGUACACGAGUCCCGUUUACCCUUGGAUGCAGCGGAUGAACUCCUGCGCGGGUGCUGUGUACGGGAGCCAUGGGCGCCGAGGCCGCCAGACCUACACGCGCUACCAGACACUGGAGCUGGAGAAGGAGUUCCACUUCAACCGCUACCUGACACGGCGCCGCCGCAUCGAGAUCGCCAACGCGCUCUGCCUCACCGAGCGCCAGAUCAAGAUCUGGUUCCAGAACCGCCGCAUGAAGUGGAAAAAGGAAAACAAGCUCAUCAAUUCCACGCAGCCCAGCGGGGAGGACUCAGAGGCAAAGGCGGGCGAGUAGACGCCUGGGCAGGGAUCAGGCCAGCGCUGCAACCUCCUUCGGCUUUGCCCCCUUGCCCUCGCCUGCUCCCCAACUUUUCUCCCCGCCUGCUCUCAUCCGGGGGCUUCCGCAGCUUCAGGGGAGCCCGGAGCUUUGCAAGCGUCUGUGCAUUUAUUUCUUAAGAAACAAAACAAAACAAAACCUCACACACAGCCAAUACCAGCGGUGGAGCGGGGCGCAUUGCAUACACCCAGUCCCACUCCACAAGGCUGCCCAAACCGGCUCCCGAGUUCUGAGGUGCGCCCUGAAUGCGUCCGGGGCUCCUGUGCUAGUGCCUCUGAGCUCCCCGACCUCGGGACGUGGGGCUGCUAGGGAGGAAAGACCCCUGGGCCGAGCCCCGUUUCGCGUCUGGGAGUCUCUGCCUAGGUCCCUCGCCAGUAAGUCCCGAAGGGCAUCAUCAAAUUAUCUCUGGCCAGUGGAAAGAGGGGGUCUAAGUGCUGGAGCCCGGCCUUGUCGCGGCCUCCCAAGCCGCCUCCCAGAACAGGAAGCUCGAGGAACAAAGGGGGCCCCAACAGAGCCCAGUCUCGGUCCCGCGUGUGCAACCGUCAGUGGAAAAGAAGCAGCCUUAGCCGAGGCAAGCUAACCUGGGUGCGGGUGGAACAUUACAUCCCGGGGAGCCCCUGGGAUGCCUCAGGCCCCCGGCUCCGGAUUCCCGCUCCCUGCCUCCGAUAGCGCCCGCGUCGCCGCCACAGCAGCGUUCAGGACCCAACGAGGGGCCCAGGGCCAUGGAAGUCGCCAGAGUCCUGGCUUCCAGACGUGCCAGGGGCGCCUGCAACGCCGGGCCUCCAGCGGGGAGACUCCACUUGCCUCUCAGCUAUAUUUGUGAUUUACUUGAAUCUUUCGGAGCCGUGGAAAAUAACUACAGAGAUACUACGCACUGCCAAGAAAUGCUUCCAUUAUCACCCUCGUUUUACUCCUGGAGGUCUAAGCAAGACCCCAGUAACCCGCCCCACGGAUCCCCAGACCCCAAGCAGCCUCUGCGGCUGCAGGGAGCCUGGGCCCACUCGCUGGGUUCGAGGAGAACCCUCCAACUUGGGGCCUGGCUGGCUCGAGGAACCGGACCCUGUGAUGAAGAUUUUCCAGGCUGGAUACGUUAGCAAAUCAAAUAGCAAACUAAUGACACGAAAACCAUAUUCACACGAAAGAAAAAUCGACUACGGUUAUAAAAGUGUAUGGAAUUUGACCUCGCCUUGCAGAAGCACUACACAAAAGCUAUCUUUAAUAGACGCCUGUCAUUUAAGAGCGGCAGGGACACUGUCCCUCAUGCGCUCGCUAAAACAGAGCCGUAAUUGUAGCUGCUGCUGCUGCGGGCAGGAU